UAGAGUGAAUUUUGGAACGCAACCAGCAGAAGAAGACCGAAUGCGAAUAAAAUAUAACCUACAAUGAAAGUAUCUCAACCGUCUCAACUUAAUUUUUAGAAGUCUAUUAUCGCGAAUUAUAAAAGAAAAAUGGAAUGCACUGAGGAAGAUUGGUCUGUAGAAUGUUCCGAUGAUGAGAAAUAUGAGGUGGAUGAAAAGCAUAAAUGGAAUAUAAAGGCUGAAGACAUAGUUUCAUUGAUUGAAGGUUUAGAAGUAAACAAUUGUGUUCUGGAACUUGAAUGGAAGUGUCCUGGCAGACGAGGACCUUCUCCUGUUCCUUCAAACAACCUACAACAAGAGCUCGAGUCUCCAGAAUACAAGACUGAAGAAAAGUCAGACUUUGAUUUCAUGGAUGAGAUGUCAUCGCCGAGAUUACCAGUUCGGAGAAUCGGUGAAAGUACUCCAAAAGGUAGUGCCAAAAAAAAGAUCGCUAGUUUUAAUGGAGUAAUAUCUACAAUGUUAAGACAUCGUAGAUUAGAGCAACAAGAAAUAAAUUCAAGCCCAAAGAAGAUUGAAUCUCCUAGGUUAAAGCCACACCCUACUUAAAAAUAUACGUUUACAAUAAAUAAUAAUAAUAAAUAUACAACAUAUAUACAAAUUGAACCAGUAGAAAACUUCAGAUAAAGUUUAAUAUAAACAUAAAGAUACUGUAUGAACAGAAAGUUCUGUGUGUGUGUGUGUGUGUGUGUGUGUGUGUGGGUGUGUGUGUGUGUGUGUGUAGACUGCUCUGUAUGUAUACUGUAAUAAUAAUUUGUAAUAUUUUUACUAAAAGUUCUAUUAAAGAAUGAGAUGUUAGAUCUA